AUGAGCGACGAGUCGACCGGACUCCAUGAGGCGUCGCACUACAAGUUCACGCGACGUGUCAUCACGCCUACGUUCCCAGUCGAGGGAGAUUACCUGAAGAUCGAAACGGAGGAAGCCAUCUUCGGGAUCCUCUUUGCUUACAUGGGCUGGUGGUUGUUCCGCCAGCUUCGGGGCGUGUUCGCGUGGUACAGGGAGACCAGAGAACUGAGACGGGCGCACGGAUCCGACCCGGUGGGCGUGACCGUCGAUGAGGACGACGAGUCCGGGAGCGAUGCGGACGAAGACUACGAGUUUGUCCAAAAGGGCGGAAGGAAAGAGGACUGA